GCUCCGGCGGGGCUGGGGGACCCUGCGGCUCGUGCCCAGAGAGGAGGAGGGUUGUGCGCCUGGAACGUCGGGGUGAGCGACUUUUUACAAGGUCUGAUAGGACAAAGGGUAACGAUUUUAAACUGAAAGGGGAGAUUUAGGUGAGAUGCUAGGGCUAAAUUCUUCACUCAGAGGGCUGUGAGGUGCUGGCAGAGCUGUGGGUGCCAACCUUGGAAAUGCCCCAGGACAUGGAGGGGCCCUGGGCAGCCCUAGCUGGGGGACAAUCAGACCAUGGCAGGAGUGGGGCUGGGGGCUGGGAGGUCCCUUAGGACACAACCAUGCUGUGAUUGAUUAGCCAGGAGCUGGGCAGGGUGCAUCGCUCUGGGCUUUAUGCAUGGCUCAGUUGCACUUUUUGAGGCAGGAGAGGCUCCCCGGGGUUCUCUGCAUCACCACCUCCUCAGGCCACAGAUACUUGCUAUGGUGACAGGACUGGUGCCACGCAGAGCCACACGCUGUCACCAGUGGUGCUUGGCCAUAUUCCCAUGUUUUCACAAACCUUUGAUGCAGGAAGGAAGGUGGGAGGCAAAUCCCAUCCCAGGAGGUUGUAAGUACCCGGGGGCCACCUGUGUGCCUUUUGUGCCUGGGGUUUUGCAUCCUGCACAGGACCCUGCAGUGUGCUCACAGCUACUGCUCAUUGUCAGUUCUUGCAGGGCCUCUACUGGCUGCAUCCAGCUCACCAAGGAGCAGCGCACGGCAUCAGGCACAGUGGCAUCAUGAGCCUAGGAAAGCACACAGAAGUGCAGCCAGGCCCCCACCUCUGUCCUGGGCACACAUGGGGUCCUUCUGAGGCUCAGCCAGCCCUGGGGAAAGGCAGAAUGCAUUUAAAAAAAAGAAAAGGAAAAAAGAAAAAAACCACAACCAACAAAAGAACACUUUAUUUACAUAAAUUACAAAAAAAAAAAAAAAAAAAAAAAAAAGAGGAAUCUUGGGCACAGAAAAAAUCUACUCUUAAAAAGGGCUCAGCCCCCUGGGGCCCCAUCACUCAACAGUCCUCUGAGGCCCUCUCCAGGUGCUGCUGGGGUCUGCAGUGCCCCAAGGCAUGGAGCAGGUGUCUGGGGAGGCCCCUGUCCCUCUGCCACCAUGGGAUGGGAGCAUGCAGAGCUCCUCAGGGACAGGGCCGUGGCUGGGAGCCUGCAAACCCAGGAGUAAAAAUGAAGAGGAAAACAGAAAGUGCCACCGGUACAGGUGUGGGGGUCCGGGUGUGCUGGGGAGGCUGGUGUGGUGCCUGGCUCAUCUGAGGGGGUUGUGACAUUGAAGAGAAAGUGGGGUGAGUGAGGGCAGCGUGCUCUGCGUGGAGGAGGGGUAUGGUGGGCCGUGGCUCAGGGCUAGCAAAGCGUGAUGGACAGUGCAGCUCAGUGCAAGGGAGCUGGGAAUGGGGCUAUGCACCACUGAUGGGCACGAGGGAUGAGUGCUGUGAUGCUGAGGCUGGGCUGAGGGCCACCUUCCUGCUCCUCCAGCCCCUACGCUGGGGCUGCUGCUCCCUGUGAAGGGAUGGGCUGGGGCAUGGCCUCCCCCCAGCCUUCACAAGGACGACAUCGUGGAGUCUACUGCCUCGCGGCCAUUGCACACUGUGGGCACGUACUGUGAGGCCGAGCCUGGUGGGGAAAGGCACCAAUUAUGAGAGGGGGGAUCCAGCAGCAGCCCCCACCUGGGGUAUCCCAGUGCAGUGACGGACCCCCAGGAGCAGCUCUUGGGUGGAGGACUUGGGAUACAGCAGCUGAUCCCUUGGGUGCUGCAGCACCCCUACCUCCUGCUCCGCAGGUCCCCCUCCCAGCUGUCCCCCUGUCCCUCCCCAGCCCAGCUGCACUCACCGUGGGACUGGCUGGAGCCAGCGGCCGCCAUGCUGAAGCGUGCCGUGCCCACGCGGUGGCUGGCCACAUUCUUCUGUGGCUGGAAGAGGAUGAUGUGGAGCUUGGGAGUGAAGAGGCAGCCGAGGACCACCGUGCCGCUGAGGCUCACUGAGAUGCACAUGGUGGUGGUCUGCACCUGGAGGCAGAGGGGUGAGCGUCACGGGUGUGGUAGCAUCACACACCCAGGCAAGAGCGUGGAUGGGGCCCUCAUCAGCCCUUCCCCAGACCCUCCCAGACCUGUGCUGCCCCGGUCAUGCGGGCUGCUCUGGUUGGGCCCCAUGGGUAUCCCCAGAACUCAGGCUCUUACUCGGUAGUCGCUGGAGGUCACGUAAAAGAUGGGCAGGAAGGCCAGCCAGAUGAUGCAGGUCGUGUACAUGGUAAAGCCAAUGAACUUGGCCUCAUUGAAGUUUUCAGGGCAUUUCCGUGUCUUGAAGGCGUAGACCGUGCACAGGACAAUCAAGAGGACGUUGUAGGUGAGCGAAAUGAGCAUGUUGGAGUCACGGUUGUUGCACUUGAGGGUGACAAUGUACCUCUUGUCAGGCUCGGUCUCCUUGCCUGUACCAGGGGUCUCCACCAGGAGCCAGAUGAUGACGAUGAUCAGCUGGCAGGAGAUGAGGGCCAUGCAGAUGACCACCUGUGAUGUGGGGCUGAUGAAGCGAGGGCGCUGGACCCCCUCCUUCACCCCGCUGAAGAUCCUGGCGAUGCGAUUUGUCUUGGUCAAGAGGGCCGAAUAGCAGACAGCAAAAGAUGUGCCCAGCCCCAGGCGCCGGAGCGUGCACACCUCGGUGGAAGGCUUUGCAAUGAAGAUGAAGGUCAUGCUGUAGCACAUGAGGACCCCGGUCAAGAGAAUGUAACAGAGCUCCCGUCCAGAGGCCUUCACAAUGGGAGUGUCAUUGUUCUUCAUGAAGACACCAAAAACAAAGAGAGUGGAGAUAAAUCCCAAGCAAGAGAUGGUGACGGGACCGAUGGCCCAGACAUCUUUCCAACGGAUGUACUCCUGGGGCAACUCGUAGCAGCCAUUCAGGGUCUCAUUGGGCCAGUAACCCAAGCCACAGUCCAUGCAGGUGAACUCAUCCAGCAGGUACUCGUAGGGCUGGCAGGGGAUGCAGAUCCAGCAGCAGAUGUCUCCCGGCUGCAUGCUUUUGAUCUCGUUCUUCUUGCAUGGAUCACUGCACUGGGACACUGGGAUGGAUACCUCUGCCCAGGGGAUGAGGCUGGUGUUGAGGAUGAGCCCCUCGGCCCAGUAGCCCACCUUCUGGUACCGGUACCGCCCAUCCAUGUGGUGAUAGUUGAAGAUAUUGUAGCGCCCAAUCCCGUCACCGUAGCGGUCAAAUCGAACAACGCUCUCAGUGUCUGCUGGCCUGAAUGGAGCUGGAGAGAUGAGAAAUGGAGAUGGUCACUGCCUGGACCGCUGGCCCAUGGUGUGGGAUCACACUCGCUCCCACAGGGAUGCACCGAGGAGACACAGCCCACCAUGGCCAAGAGGCUAUUUCCAACCUGUCCCCUUGCCCCUCAUGCCUAGAAUGCAGCAUUAUUAUUUGGGAUUGUGAGAGUAGUGGUGCAUAAUGCUCUCACCAUGGUUGGCAGCCUCUAGCCAUGCUGCAGGGCAAAGCAGGGGGGUCUGCAUAGCCGUGCAGUAUCACUGCCCCCCAAACCUCCAUGGCUCUGAGUGGUACAUAGGGCUCAGCCCAGAGGGGAUGAUGGUUCUGACUGACCCCAGAGCUGUGGGCUCCUGAUUGAGGCUCUCCCUCCAGCUUAGUCCCUGAGAGGUGACUAAAUCAAUCACAGAGCAAGUGGCUGAAGUCUCCAAGGAGAGACUGAAACCUCAAGGAGGAGGUGGAACAUUAGAGUGAGAGUGUGACCUCCUUGAUCCUCCCUGCCCCUCCACCCAUUCGGCUGUGCAGCCAAGCCCCGUCUCCACCUCUGGACUCACCAUCAAAAUUAACAUUGAGCAUGAAGUCCUUGUAGAACCUCUUGCCAUUGACAGGCUUCAUGGAGUCGCAGAGCUUGGUGGUGUUGGGGCACAGCGCUCGGUGCAUGUUGUGAAGCGAGUGAGCCAUGGCGUAGACCGCAUUGACCACAAAGGUGAUCUUGGACUCUGGCUCAAACUUUCCCGUCUUUAGGGAGUGCCGGCUGCAGUCCUGCAUGUGAAGGCUGCACUUGAACUUUUGCUCCCAAAACUCCCGAAACCAGGGAUUUCGGCUGUUAUUGUAGGGAUGGAGGUUGAGGAAGUAUGCGGCGAACUCCUGGAUGGGGUAUGCUGCCAGCUCGAUGGUGAUGGCUCCCUCCGCCACCGCCUCGCUCCCCGCCACCACGCUCUCCAGGGCUCCCCACCCAUCGCUGGCCACCCAUACGAAGGAGACAUUGGCUCUGUGGGCGGCUGCCAGCAGCUCCCGGGCGUCCUCACUGCGUGUGAAGAGCACGACCACCUUGGCAUUGGGCUUCUGCAGCAGCGCCCGCACCACGCCGUCGUAGGUCUUCUUGUUCAUGGAGCGUCCCACCUUCUCCGAGGUGGCGAUGCAGAUGUUGCGCAUGCGGGCUUCUUGCUCAAAAGCUUCAAUGCCCGUCUCGCCGUAGUCGCCCUCUGAGGCCACCGUGGAGACGUAGGUCCAGUUGAAAAAGCGGAGGAUCUCCGACAUGGCUUUGGCUUGGUAGAAGUCAGGCGGGACGGUGCGGGCGAAGUAGUCAUAGCGAGACUUGUCGCUGAGUUUGGCACUGGUGGAGGCGUAGCUGAUCUGCGGGAUCUGGAAGAGCCGCAGCAGGUUGGCGACCUGCAUGGGGGGGAGAGGUGAGCACAGCCAGACAUGACGCCAUGAGAGGCAUCCCCUGAGAGCAUCCACUCCUAGACACGGUGGGUGGCUGACUAACGGGCAACCCCCAUCUGGAGGCUGGGGGAACCCAGUGCCCUGCAAUCUGAUGGACACAGGUCGUCCAAGCCCUCAGUCCUGUGUUGGAACUGUGGUUGUCCCAGAGCCAGGGUGUAAUGAUGUUCCCUGGGCAUCCUUCUGAGGGCAGGAUGGAAGAGGUGAUGGGGAGGUCCCUGUAUGUCCAUGACCACCAAGGGCUCUAGCACUGGAAAACCUGGCCACAUCCAGCCCUUGAUGCCUGGCACAGGGCCUUGGGAUCAUGUAUUCACAGAGGUUUCUCACUCUGCAAUCCCAGUGUGUUCCUACUCCUUGCAGCCUCCACUCCUUUCUUUUUUUUUUCAUUAUUAUUUUUAUUAAUAUUUUAUACUCCCCCCUCUGAGAUUAAGGUUGGGAGUAAAUAGAUUCAUGGCAAACACCGAUACUCCACCGCAGGCGAACGGAGCGAUGCUCAUCCGCGAGGACAAAACUGGUGCCCGCAGGGCUGGGGGGACACAGUGAGCACUGUCCCACUGAGCCCUGUGGGCCAGGCAAUGCAAUUGACUGCUGUGGCUGCUCUUUCCCCUCGUUAUCUUCAAAAAGGAGAGAGCCCUGCUAAUGAGGCUGUUAGAAAACACGGCUCUCGCAGGCCGCACGCAGCUCUGCUUCCUAUGCAGGAGAUGCAGCUUAAUUAACGUGGACAAAUGUUUUUAGCUGCAAAUCACCCUAAUGGCACAGAAGUCCCAGAGGGCAGUGAUGCUGUGGGGACACUGGGGGAUGUGGGGCUGUCACCGUCUGGUGACUGUCGCACUGGGCGGCCCGGGACCAUGUGGGGUUUUCAAGGCCAUUCUGACAUCAGGAGGUGUCGCUGCCCCCCGUGGACAUUCUGUACCCAACCACGCACCUGGGACCCAUGGAAACGCAUAUGGAGCCCGACACGGCCGCGGCCAUGGCCAUCCAGGCGUGGUGGAGAGGACAGCUGGUGCGGAGGGCACUGCUGGUGGCGGCCAGCAGCGCACGGCGCAUCCAGGGCUGGUGGCGACGUGUGGGCAGCCAGCGGAGGGAGCAGCAGCGCCUGUGGGUGCUGGCAGAGUACAUCAAGCUGGAGCGAGCCAUUGUCCUGCUGCAGGCUCAGGUCCGGGCGUGGGUGAUGCGGACGGAGUACAAACGCUGCCAGGAGGCCGCCCGCACCAUCCAGACCUGCUGGCGGGAGUACGUGCAGCGCCGGGCUGGAAACUGCACCAAGGAUGUGGAUCUGCACAUUGACAUUGUCCUGGGUAUUCCGGGUGACUGUGGAACCCAGAGUGAAUAAAGCACCAUCCCCACGGAGGGAUGGCCACCUUG